AUUGACAACAAAUAUGGUCCCAGCCAUCGAAGAGGCAAACUGAAGAGGCAGAGUCGUACUUUCACACAGGUGCUAUAUCGGAAGCUAAGUUACCGUGAACGAAGGUCGACAGCUGAUAUUCCAGUGGACGUAUUAGAUGACCCUUCAGAGCUCUCAAUCCAGCUUUCUGCACCUGGCAUACUUAAGAUCUUUGGCAAUGAAAUUUGCAAUGGUGCAAACUACAAAAGUGUCCUUGCCACCCCACGGUCAAGUGCCCAGGAGUUGGUCAAAGAAGCCCUGGAACGGUAUGCUGUGAGUAAGACAUCUGCUUGUGAUUACCUUCUCUGUGAUGUAAUUGGAAGGUUUGAGGGGAUGGACAAACGCUGGCGAACAGAGUGUCUCAGACCUUUGGGGGACAACGAAAAACCACUUCUCCUUCAGGAUCUUUGGAAACCUAAGGAGGGAUUUGCCAGAAGAUUUGAACUUCGAAGGCGAGCUGAGGUGGAGGAAAUGGCUGCAAAGGAAAAAGAUACAACAACUGCAGAUAUAAACGCUCAAGCACGGAAACUGCAGAGAAACCGAGCAAAAGGCAAAGACUUAACCAUGUCUGACUACAGACGUAAAUUACCACCUCUCCGACGUAGUAUCAGUGAGACAAGUCUUGCUGCCACUGGAAACCAAGAGGAGGAGCAGCAGAGACUUUAUUCAACAUUGCCUGGGCAGUCUGGAAAGAAGAACAGUCAAUGCAAAAGUGGGAAUCUUUGCAGCAGAACCAAUAAAGAGAAGCAAGAACAAGUUCGUGAUGGUUACUCAUACACCAGUUACCAGGCCCCUCAUCUUCUGCUUCUUCAAGGGUAUAACCAACAGAGUGAUUGUUUGGUGUAUCCUCUAGAGUGUGAGCAAAUAAUAGGACAAGAAACAGCUUCAAUAAAGCCCAACAUCUGCUUAUCAUCGCCUGACAUCCUUUCACUCCAUUGCAAAAUCAAAAGGAUUAAACGGUCAAAAACCAAAGGCCAUGUUGAAGAACAGAUCAUAGUGGAGUCAUUCCCAAAUGCCUUCACAGUAGUGAACUGCAUACCAGUAGAAGGGCCAGCAGAACUGAGGCAUGGUGAUCUGAUUGGAUUUGGACAACAUUAUAUUUUUCUCUUCAAAGAUCCUUUAGCCGCUAGAAAGCUGCCAGAUCAAACUUUUUCCAUGCUGAGACAUUUGCACUGCUUCUCCAGCCAUAAGAGUAGCCAGAAAAUUACCAUUUGCAAAAUGAAGCUACAACUGGAAUAUGAAAAGGCCUUUGAAGAUGUGCUGAUUGAUAAAAUCUUGACUCUUAUUGAACCUGGUGGAGAUGAUCAUAAACUAACUCCAGCUUGCCUGCUUUGUCUGUGUGUUCAGCACUCAGCCACUACCUUCCAGUCAGGUGAUUUUAUGAGGCUCCUUCUGAAGAUUGUGAAUAGAAUGCAAGCGAUAGUAUGGGGGAAGACCAAAGAAUUGGCUGAAAAACAUUCUGAACAGCAGGAUCCAGUAUCACAACCUCUGAUCAGUAUUACAGACCUGGUUCCAGACCUGCAACAUAUUUUCUUCUGGAUGUCCAACUCCAUUGAGCUGCUUUACUUCAUCCAGCAGAGGGUUCCAAAAUACAUUCAGGGCAUUGAGGAUCUGAAAGCACAAGGUUCCAAAGAAUCAUUGCUCUCAUCCACGAUUUCAGUUAAUGAAGAAGUCAUGACUACUUUGGAAGAGGUGAUCAUGCAUUCAUUCCAGCAAAGUGUGUACUACAUCACCAAGUCGCUGUAUGUUACACUUCCUACCUUCUUGGAUUGCAAUCCCUUCCAGACCGAGAGGGGACAUUCCUGGAUGAAUUCUUCUCCUGUCCCAGAGCCAGUUCGCAACAUCAUGCAGAUAUACAAUAUGACACUGGACCUCCUCCAUCAGUAUGAGAUUCACCCAGAGAUUGCAACACAAAUGUUUGCUUAUCUUUUCUUUUUCUCCAAUGCCUCUCUCUUCAAUCUGCUGAUGGAUAGGGGCUCAAGGCAACGUUUUUUUCACUGGUCCAAAGGGGAACAGAUGCAAGCCAGUCUCCAGCUGUUGCUGGAGUGGAUACAAAAUGUAGGAAUGGGUAACAUCGCAGAUGAAUUUUUUUUCAAAUUCAGUAGUGCUGUAAAGCUUCUGGCUAUACCAGCGUCUAGUCUCAUGCAGUGUAGCUGGAGUUGCCUAAGGAGAGAAUUCCAGGCCUUAAACCCAUCCCAGCUCCUUCACAUACUAACGCACCACCAAGCAGCAGCUGGACUGGACCACAUAGCAGCGUGGCAGCCAAGUGCUGCGGAGAGGGAAAAGUUGUACAAAACGGAGGACAUUCUGUUGAGUUUUGAUCAGUAUCCUCCUCUGGUGCUGCCCACCAGUAAUUUUAAGGUGGACCUGGAUGCAGAGAUUGUAGAUGAAAACAUGUACAGACACCUGUUGUACAUACGUCACUUUCUUUGGAGCCUGCGCGCCAAAUGCCAGUCAACCAACAGAUGUGCUACAACCAAGGAAUUACAGGCUGAAUUUCCAGUUUACUACAACUGCCAUGAACUCUCUUCAGGUAACCUGGCAACAUUUUCCAAUCUUAAGAUGCUUAAUCAGCAAUCAGGCAAAAACAAUCACCUAAAUAAUAAUGUUGAUGCAGAAAAGGAUGGAACAAGGUUGAGCACUUCCUGGGUCAGUGGAUCAUAUGGUGAUUUUAACACCUGCCACAACCAACACAACCUGUAUCUACAGACUACUCAGGGAAGGCUGAGGGCUCCAGGGAAAAGUAUGCAGCCAUUUGAUCCUUCUUGCCUUUUAACUCUUCCAAGUACACCUCUGAACUUUGAUCUUGUACAGACAAAUGGAUAUGGUAGACUUCCAUCAAACUCCAGGAGAAACAGUAUCUACAGAAGCAGAGCCAAUGAGGGAGAAGGAAGAGUAUCUGCAACAUAUGACUUACCAACUCCAACAUCUUCCAGCCUGAGCUCCGGUGAUGAUGAUUCAUGUUAUGUGUUUGCAGUGGAGCUGGGGCGGGGGCCUAUUGGUUUAGGAAUGGGACUGAUUGAUGGACUGCAUACAACCUUAAAAUCCCCAGGGAUUUAUAUCAGAACCCUUCUGCCUGACAGUCCAGCAGCCUCUGAUGGGAGAUUGGGGAUCGGGGACAGAAUCCUGGCAGUAAAUGGAACCAGCUUAAUUGGAGCAGAUUAUGACAGUGCAGUUAACCUGAUCCGCUCAGCAGGUGAGAGACCACGAUUCCUUGUUGCUAAGUCAGAUUUCCUAAUUGCUGAGAAGAUCAGUGCAUCAGCCUGUUAG